AGGAAUGAAAUCCAUUAAAAAUGAAGAGAACUCCCCAAGGAAUUUCAAGAGAGACAAAUCACAGUGAAAGCUAUUUCAAGAAAACUCAAGGCACCUGCAAAGAUUGGUUGUUUUAAAGAUGAACUGCAAGGACCAACCUGCAGUGCCAACUUGAAAGUCUGCUCGCCUUCAAGGGAGGAAUCCCACUCCUGAAGACUGUGGUGUGACAUUAUGGCUGAUCUUUCGACAUCCCUUUGCUACAGCAUGCACUCCUGGACACGAGUGCUACUGGCCCUUUGCCAUGCACAGACGAUCUGUGUCAUCAGGGAUCCACAAGUGAUAUCCUUACAGAGUGGAAGCAUCGGUGUGAAAGAGAGUCUAAUGCAUUAAUUAAAUUCAGGAGUCCAUCACUGCGCACUUGCCUCCUUGUCCCCUUGAUUGUAGAUCCUGGACCAGGCUCGACAGGCUACUUUCUGGCUCAACCAGAGUUAACAAGUUAACUUGUUAACUUGUUAACAGAGUUAAGCAAGUUAAGGAAGUAUGGGCUGGAUGAAUGCACUACAAGGCAUGAGGAAGAUGCAGUUGUCUCCCAAAGAUUCAGCUCAUCCAAUCCUGACACAUAUGGCCCGUUUCUUGGCUCUGCUUCCAGGGAUGGAAAGGAUACUGAAAGCUGCCUUUAAGCCACCCAUUCACCUAUCUUUUCAGAGGGAGGGCGUGGGACUGGAGCACUGGAUAUGAGAAAUGAGUGUUGGACGCAGAAGACUAAGGCUGCUGGGAAUUCUGAUGAUGGUAAACUUUUUUAUUUAUGUGAUUGUGGAAGUCUCCAAAAGUGGUGGUCAAGAGAAGAAUACAAAAGGACAGGUUAUAAUACCCAGCAGCAAGUUCUGGAGGAAAUACACUCCUCACAAGGCCUAUUGGAACAAACAGCAACAGAAGCUGGAAUUCUUGUACAACCCCAUUUUGACCUUGCUUUCCAAUAUGACUGUGGAAGAAACCUUAAUUUCUAAUACUAGUGUUCUGAAUUCCUGUGACCCUGAUCCAUCAGUAACAUCAGAGGUUAAUGACUUUGCAACGUUGCCAGACAGAUUUAAAGACUUCCUGCUUUAUUUAAGAUGUAGAAAUUAUUCAUUAUUAGUGGAUCAACCAAAAAAGUGCAAACACAAACCUUUCCUGCUACUGGCUAUCAAGUCACUUAUACCACAUUUUGAUAGAAGGCAAGCAAUUAGGGAAUCUUGGGGUAAAGAAAUACAAUCAGGGGAUGUAACAGUUGUAAGGGUCUUUUUGUUGGGACAGACCCCUCCAGAAGAUAACUUUCCUGACCUUUCAGACAUGCUGAAAUUUGAGAGUCAAACCCACCAAGACAUUCUUCUUUGGAACUACAGAGACACUUUCUUCAACUUGACUCUGAAAGAGGUGCUGUUUCUUAAAUGGGUCAGCAGCACGUGUCCAGAGGCCCAGUUUAUUUUUAAGGGGGAUGAUGAUGUUUUUGUGAAUACCCACCAGAUCCUGGAUUACUUGAAGAAUUUAUCAAAGGACAAAGCAAAAGACUUAUUUAUAGGUGAUGUGAUCAAAGAUGCUGGACCUCAUCGAGAAAAAAAAUUAAAGUACUACAUUCCAGAAAGUGUUUUUGAAGGUUCUUAUCCUCCAUAUGCAGGAGGUGGUGGGUUUCUGUACUCUGGUGAUCUGGCAUUAAGACUGAACAAUGCAUCUGACCAGGUCCUCCUCUAUCCUAUUGAUGACGUUUAUACUGGAAUGUGCCUUCAGAAACUUGGGCUUGCUCCGGAAAAACACAAAGGCUUCAAAACAUUUGAUAUUGAAGAGAAACACAGGAAUAACAUAUGUUCCUACACAAACUUAAUGUUAGUACAUAGCAGAAAACCUCAAGAAAUGAUUAAGAUUUGGACACGCUUGCAGGAUCCACACUUAAAUUGUUAAAUGUUUAAAGUAACAUGCGUAAGUGUCUUCAAUUUAUUUUCCAAGAUUGGGUCUAAUUUCUUCAUUGAAUCAUUAAAACUCCUCUUUGUUCUCACUUAAUGGUUUUUAAAGUUACUUCUCUUAAAAAUCAUUAGCUAGAAACAUUUGUUCAGUACUUCUAAAAGUAAAAAUAAUACUAGAAUAACAAAUUUUUGAGUGUGGCAUGAAGAUUUAGUCCUAAUCUUUCCACUGUCUUAGCAGUUAUUAUGUUUCAAUAUUUCAUCUACAAAUUUUAAAAUAGACUUCAGAAGUUAUAACAAAAAAUUCUUCAUUGAUUCAUGGUUAGCUAUCACCAUAAUGUUGAAAGCAUGGAUUGCCCACUUUUCAUUGCUAGUGCAUCUUAUUUUAAUUGUGGUGGUAGAAGCUGUAAACACAGACUUUUUUUCCUGAGAAAACUUGUCUGUUUGAAAUAGCAUUUGUAACGUAAAAAUUCAGAAAUUGGGGAAGUCUAAUUUUUACACAAAGUAAAAAAAAAAUAAAAAAAAAUAAUAACUUUAAAAAAUUACACUAAUUAUUGAAAGGUGUUUUGAUUUUGUAACUCUUCCUCUAUCAUAUGCUACUUCUGAACAGUAUUCUCUCAUUUAAAUGUGAUCUGCUGUGCAAAAUGUGUCUGCCUGUAUCUGAAAGGAUACUAAAUCUCUACCUUUUAUGUAAUGAUACUUUAUAUCUUAUAAAAUCACAAUAUAAUUUCAAAUGGGAUAAAAUUUAAGAGCUGGACAUGUAAGGAAGAGGAUAGGUUUUAUGUUGGACUUUGCUAAUAGGCAGAUUUUUGUCUUGAAUUUCAGUUAAGCUUUAUAAAUCAAAGUUCUUCUGUCACUCAUUUUAUUUACAGAAAAGGCUGCUCUGGCCAGUCCUUGUUUUCUGUUUUGGUGUUAAAAACAAUCAUCAGGUAGCUUGAUUUGAUAUGGAUAACUGAAGUCUGAAAUUGCACAUCACUCAGGAAAGCUUGGUUUGGAUCUCCUCUAUAAACUGAUGAUGAUAAACUCAGAACAAUAUACAUCUUAAACGUUUCAAGUUUUGAAAGUGAGAUUUGGAAAUUGCAUGAUGUGUCAUACAGCAUGUUUCCCAAAACUCUAGAAAUCUUUUCUUGCCAUAUUUCCACAUGUUGCUUAUAUGAGAAUUUGUUCUAAGUAAUGACCCCUUCUUUGUAUAUAUAGGAGUGCCUGUCUAUUUAUUGUUCAGAUUGAAGACCAAAAUGUUUUCUUAAAUAUAUUUGUGUAACGUUUUAUUUGUAUACAUUGUUGUCAGUCAAAUAUUUAAAUAGAGCAUGAUAUUUUAAAUCUGUUGAUGUAACAUGUUAAAUACAGUUAAUUGUUUUUGAAUUUGAAAAAUAAAAUUGUGAUUUAAGUAGU